GGCCAGCGGGAACACAGAAUGGGUUGAGGUGGCUGCUGCUGCGGCGGCGGCGGCGGCGGCGAGGCGAAGGGCGCGACGCCGAAGUAGAAGCCAGGCUUGGAAAUGGAGAUGUAUGAAAUUCUUGGAAAAGUGGGAGAGGGAAGUUAUGGUACGGUCAUGAAAUGUAAACGUAAGGAUACGGGGCAGAUAGUGGCCAUCAAGAUAUUCUAUGAGAAGCCGGAAAAAUCUGUCAACAAAAUUGCAGCGAGAGAAAUAAAGUUUCUAAAGCAAUUUCAUCAUGAAAACCUGGUCACUCUCAUUGAAGUUUUUAAACAGAAAAAGAAAAUUCAUUUGGUAUUUGAAUUUAUUGACCACACAGUAUUAGAUGAGUUGCAACACUAUUGUCAUGGACUAGAGAGUAAAUGACUUAGAAAAUACCUCUUCCAGAUCCUUCGAGGGAUUGAAUAUCUACACAAUAAUAAUAUUAUUCAUCAAGAUAUAAAACCUGAUAAUAUUUUAGUGUCCCAGUCAGGAAUUGCCAAGCUCUGUGAUUUUGGUUUUGCACGGACACUAGCAGCUCCUGGCGACAUUUAUACUGAUUAUGUGGCCACACGCUGGUAUAGAGCUCCAGAGCUAGUAUUAAAGGAUACUUCUUAUGGAAAACCCGUGGAUAUCUGGGCUUUGGGCUGUAUGAUCAUUGAGAUGGCCACGGGGAGUCCCCAUCUUCCUAGUAGUUCUGAUUUAGAUUUACUCCACAAAAUUGUUUUAAAAGUAGGCAAUUUGACACCUUACUUGCAGAAUAUCUUUUUCAAGAAUCCCAUCUUUGCUGGAAUAGUCCUUCCUCAAGUUCACCAUCCCAAAAAUGCAAGAAAAAAAUAUCCAAAACUUAAUGGAUUAUUGGCAGAUAUAGUUGAUGCUUGUUUACAAAUUGAUCCUGGUGAGAGGAUGUCAUGUACUGAUCUUUUGCAUCAUGAAUAUUUCACUAGAGAUGGAUUUAUUGAAAAAUUUUUACCAGAAUUAAGAGCUAAAUUACUACAAGAAGCAAAAGUCAAUUCAUUUAUAAAAUCAAAAGAGAAUUAUAAAGAAAAUGAAAUAAUAAGAGAUGAAAGAAAAACAAUUUUUACCAAUAUGCUGCCGAAUACUUCAGUUUUGGGAAAGGUAAGAAAAAAGAAAAAAUCCAAGGAGAUCAAAGUCACAGUUAUUAAAGUCAGAGGAGGAAAAGGAGAUACCUCAGAACUGAAAAAGACAGAGUGUGAAAGUAGACACAGUCAUCAGGAUGCAGUUGAAAAUGUUCGCGCUUUGUCUCAAGAUGCAAAACCUGCAGUCUCUGAUCCACCAAACCCUGCCAAUCCCAUCACUAGCCCUAAUGAUGUAAAGGAAGAGCCCCAUGCUGAAGGUUAUACAGUGAUGCCACCCAUCAAUCUUACUAACACUAAUCUGAUGGCUGCAAAUCCCAAUUCAAAUCUCUUCUGCCCCAAUCCAAGGUGA